AUGGAUUCACUAGUCGGUUACGGUAGCGAUGAUGACGUUGAAACUGAACGCUAUGGACACCAAGCAUCGGUGGGGAGCCAUCGUAGAAGAGAAGAUGACACUAACUAUGAUCAAGUCAACAUGGAUCUGAGUGAGGAUUCCCAAGGAGAAGAGUCUGAGCCAGAAUUGCCGCAGGCUGAGUCACGGGUUUUACGACAGACAUCUGGAGAGGACCAGUCAAGCUCUACUGACAGUCGAGACGCAGAGCGCCCACGGGAGUAUGGCAAAGAACGUGAGCGCGACCGUCACCGCGACCGUGACCGUGAUCGCGAUGAAAAGCGAGACAAGCGCCGCGAAUCACCGCGUAGGGAUCGGGAACGCUCUGAAAGAGAUCGUCGCUCGCCACGCAAAGACGAAAAAUACAGAUCGGAUCGUAGUCAAAGGCCUCGUGAUGCACCACGUCGAGGAUUACUUGGCGACAGACCAGACGAUAAACACUCGUCUACUGAUAGCAAGAUGCCAGCAUUAAUGGAUCUUAAACCAUUUGGAAGUGACGAGCCGCCCAGGUUAAAAUCACAAGACGCUCGUGACGCUGUAUCUCCCAGGUUUGUAGAUCGUCGGGAACGUGAUCAUGACCGAGAGCGUGAUCGUGGACGCGACCGUGACUCUGAGCGUGACCGCGAACGAGAACGCGAUUAUGAUGGUAGACACAACAGACGUUCUGAAGAUAGACGGUCAUCUGGACGCGACAGAGGCAGCGAGAGGUCUCGAUCACGUGGUCACGCCUAUCCUCCCCCACACACGUUAAAUGAACGAAGAUCACCCUCAUCUGGUGACUACAGACCGUCUUCAUACAAAGUCAAUAAGAAGCUCGAGGUUAUGGAAAAAAUGGGAUUACAAAUCAAAACGCCAGAUGGUUCCAUGACAACUGCGCAGCAGUUACGCGCUGCUGCUGGUGAUAAUCCUUCAGGUCUUCCUGGGUAUUGCAAUCCUGGCUCUAAUCCUGCCAGCAAGAUAUUGGAUCAGGUACAAAAACGUAAACUUCUCUGGUCAAGCAAAACAAAGACUGCAGAAGAAGAAGCUGCUAAAUGGAGUGGGGCACGAUUCUCGCAGGACAACGAUGGAAAACAAGUGUCCAAGUUUAUGAGGCUUAUGGGAAUUAAGGAUCCUAAUGCAGUCAAAGGUGAAGUUCCCGAAGAUGCAGACCCUAACAAGAAGCAAGAAGAAUUGUUCCAAGCUAUGCAAGCACAAUAUGAAGUGGCUCGAGCAACUACACACACUAUGAGAGGGGUGGGUUUAGGUUUUCAACGUGGACAGUAUUGA